UAUAAUAGCUUAUUAUAACUCCAAGGAAAAAGAAAAUCCACUCCUUAAAUGAGAAUAUGACAUGAAGAAAAGUGUUGGUGUUUGUGAAUUCCUAACUAAUACAGGUAAAAUUCUAUUAAAAUGAAUAAAAUAUUUAAAAAGAUUGAGUCCCAUCAAAUAAACUGUGGUGAUUAGGUCUUGUUGAUCUACUUUGACUUCAAAAAAUAAGUCUGAAACAUAAGUUGUUGUAUUCUUUUUUGUUUUUUUUUUUUUCUUAAGUCCCCAACUCUCCGAAAAACUAGAUUAUUUGGCACGAAUAUAGCUAGUUAAGACAUGGAGAAUGAAGCUCUUUCCUCUCUUCUGGUUCACCACUAUGGCACAAAAUCAAGGUGAAAAGGAAAAUCCCAUGCGGGAACUGUGCAUCCGAAAGCUAUGCCUCAACAUUUGUUUUGGGGAGAGUGGAGACACGCUGACUCAGGCAGCCAAAGUGUUGAAGCAGCUCAUAGGCCAAACCUCAGUGUUCUACAAAGCUCGUUACACUGUCAGGUCUUUUGGAAUCAGGAGAAAUGAGAAGAUUGCUGCUGUUCACUGUACAGUCCGAGAGGCCAAAGCCGAAGAGAUUCUGGAGAAGGGCCUGAAGUGUGAGAAUAUGAGUAAAGGAAAAAUAAAUUUCUCAGACACUGGCAACUUUGGCUUUGGGAUCUAAGAGCAUAUCGAUCUGGGCAUUAAAUAAGACCAGAGCAUUGGCAUUUAUGGCUUGGACUUCUAUGUGGUGCUGGGCAGACCUGGGUUCAGCAUUGCAGACAAGAAGCAUGGGACAGGCUACAUCGGAGCCAAACACAGAAUUGGCAAAGAGGAAGCCAUGCACUGGUUCCAGCAGAAGUAUGGUGGCAUCAUUCUUCCUGGCAAAAAAGUCCUGUUUUCUAUUAAAAGAUCAAUAAAAUGA